AAAUUUAGGAAAGGUUGAUGGUCUCAGUAACCAUGAAAAUUUAUCAGCGGUACAAAUCAACUCAAAGGUAUGGCGGAUAAAUUUCGUCUCGGAUCUCGAAUUGUACGGUUAAUCGGUGGUAGUAGAGGGAAAAAAUUCUCGGCAUCUCCUGACGAAAGGACGUCACAAAAGGCGUCUUCCAAAUCGUCAGGUAAAUCGUCCUCCAAAUCAACGAUCGGCGUAUCACCGCCGAAAGAUUUUCAUGCAGUUCUAGGAGUAAGCCGGGCGGCUACAUUAAAUGACAUAAAAAAGGCGUACUAUCAGCUGGCUAAACAGUUCCAUCCGGAUAAAAGCAACGUUCAACACGGAACCGGCACGGAUAGGGUCGAAAUGGAAUUGAAAUUUAGCCAAAUUACGGAAGCGUACGAAGGUUUGAUGGAGGAAUUGAAAAACCGUACUGAGAGUGUAGUUGACUUGAAUCCCGCCCUGUACCGUGAUGUGCAACGAAAGCAUAUAUUGCUACCGAAGGGACAGAUGGAAAAAUCUGCAAAGCUCGGCGCAUUGGUAAACGAACUGAACUAUGAAGAUGUAGUGCUUAGUCUCACCUUCAAGGAAUCGAUAGAAGGCACGGUUCGAGAGCUUACGCUACCUAUUGGUAUAAAAUGUGACCGCUGUUCGUUUACCGGAUCCCAGUCGGUUCGCGAUGCGGAGGGUAUAUGUACCGUCUGUCACGGUACGGGCAAGCAAGUGUUUCAUUCCGAAAGUGGCAAUCUAUUAAUGCCUUGCAAGUUUUGCAACGGUACAAAGCACACACGGCAGAAACUAACGUGUCCCAAGUGCCAUGGGAAAGGAAUUGUCAUGAAAAAUCAUAAGCUGACCGUUUGCAUUCCAAAGGCUUCAAAGGACAAGGAUCGAUUGAAGGUUCGCAUACCGGGCGUGCAGCGACAGUUGAACGUCAUACUGCAUGUGCAAGAUUGCGACCACUUUCGGCGUAACGGCCUGAACAUAUACUCGACGGAGCAGAUUACGAUGCUGAAAGCGAUCAGGGGAGGCGAUUUGUCCAUCCGUGGUAUUAACGGGAUCUUCAACAUCUAUCUCGAGCCCGGCACACAGAGUGGUACAGAGCUGCGCAUUCCUGCCAAAGGACUUCGUGACGAGAUUCAUCACGAUGUAGGCGAUCACGUUGUCACUCUUCAGAUACGUCUACCGAAAAACUUAACGCCCAGACAGCUACAACUGCUAGAAGAAUUCGAAAGGGCAGUCCAUAGCGAUGCUUGAGGUGGAUGCUUACCGUUUUCACAUUGAUACCCCACUGGCAAUCGGUCCAACGCUCUUUCCAUGCGCGUAGCAGCAUCAGCUUGAGCAGCGUGGUUUUGCUGGUAGUUUUUGAAUUAUCCAUAAUCAUACUGAAGCACUUUUUAGUUAAUAAAAUCUCCAGCAAAGAACGGCGAACUGUACAAAGUUGUUUACGUCCACAGACAGUCACUCAUACAACAUCACACCGUAGCUGUCUCAAAUGAAGGGGAAGUGAAAUCGUUUACAAUCGUCAGUUCGAUACUCAUUAUGCCGGUGUGCAUCAAGAUAUUCCGUGAAUCGGAUACCAUCCCGUGAACGAGAUCAGAUUAUAGAGAAACUUAUGUUUAUUUCGAUAUGAACUAAAUGAGCACUUAAAAUUACAGUUGUUCUAACGGUAAGGAUGCACCUGA